UGUUGUACAAAUGAUAUUUAAUUACCAAUAAUUUUAAUUCUUCCCUACCCCAGGAUCCCUCUGAUAGCCUCAUUAUUCAGUCUUUUUCACAGUCAUAAAACCUGACAUAGAUGGGUACUAUCUCUUAAUGCUUAGAGAAUGAAACACAACACAAUGCAGAAAGUGCUCGACCUACAACCACAAUUGAGCCUAAAGUUUCUGUUGUUAAGCGAGACAUUUGUUAAGAUAAGUGAGACAUUUGCCCCAUUUUACGAUCUUUCUUGCCACAGUUGUUAAGUGAAUCAUUACAGUUGUUAAGUUAGUAACAUGGUUGUUAUGUGACUCUGGCUUCCCCACUGACUUUGUCAAAAGGUCACAGAAGGUGGUCUCAGGAUGCUGCAUCCAUUGUAGGUACACGCCAAUGGCCAAGUUUUUAAAUUUUGAUCACAUGAUCAUGGGGAUGAUGCAAUGGCUAGGUGGGAAAAACUGUCAGAAGUCACUUUUUCCAGUGCUGUUUUCACUUUGAACAGUCACUAAAUAAAUGGUUGUAAGUUGAGGAGUACUUGUAUAGUCUAAUAAUUGUCUUACAGUUGCAUCAGUGCUGGGCAAUGUUCACUUCACCUCAGUAGUGGCAAACCAAAAUCCGCCUCCUUCUGGUUCAUUGAGUGCUUCUGUGCGACUCCGAAUUUGGUUGUUUUGUGUCUUUGCAUCUUCCAUCACAAUUCAAUGCAGUUAUCUUGGGUUGGUUCCCUUGUAUUCCUACUUCUAGCAUUAGCCCGGUUUGGGGGAUUAAAAGGACCCCCCCCCAGACAUUUAGGUUUUCUUUGUACCUCAGGCCUUUUGAAGGCAGCACCCUGAGAAGGUCCAGGGCUUGAGACUGGAGAAUCUUUUCCAGGCCACAGGAAGGAUAAGGAAGAGGGUGCAGGUUCCUUCUCCCAGGUUAUUCGCCACUAUUGCAGGACAAGGAAGUACAGGCCUUUUUCAGUGGGGAGGGGGAACGGGGAUUGGCGAUUGCCAGACCCACUCAAGGAGGGCCACCCUCUAAACUGUCAUCUGUUACUGGACAAGAUCAAAUGGAUCCAGGUUGUCCCUCCAGGGCACAAAAGCUCCGUUAAAGUCGAACGCCAGGGAGCCUUUCACGGUUUCAGGUUUCCCCGCGCUUUGAGCUGUUGGCCAAUUGGCUGCUAGCCAAUAGGAAGAGAAGCGGGAGGCCGAGGCCGGGGCUCCCGAGCGGACAGGAGGACCCGGCAGAGAAGCGACGGGUCUCGGGGGCCGCCGCGGUUCCCCCCUCCCUCCCUCUCUUUCAGGGCCGGGCGGGGGGCUUCGCGGACAAGACGAGCCUGGCGGGAAGGUGAGGGCGACGCCUGUAAGCGCCCACUUCGCGGAUCCGGCGCUCCUCAUUGGCUGUAUUCCGGGGACGGUCCGGGCGGGAGGCUGGAGGCCGAUAUAAGCGGCGGAGGCUGCGAACAAUACGGCGUAGCCCGGCUAGGUCGCGCCUCGCUGGCCGCCACUUCCGUAGCUCGCCGGGUCAAUUGGGCUGGUGCGAGGCUCUGGCUCUGCCCCGACCCGCGGCAGCUGCCCGGCGGCGCAGGUGGCGGCGCUGAACCCGCCCAGGGGCUUCCGACCCGGCCCCGGGAGAAGCCAGAGCGGCGGCCGCGACCCGGAGGCGCCUACCCGGCAGAGGGAGCGACGGCCAUGGAUCUGGACCCGCCGCCGCCCUACUUCUACGACCCGUGCGAGGCGCAGGGCGAGGACUUCCACCGCUCCAGCGCGCCCAGCGAGGACAUUUGGAAGAAGUUCGAACUGCUGCCCAGCCCCCCCGCCUCGCCCCUGCCUGGCCCCGCCGAGGAUGCGGGCGCCGACGGCCCGCUGGAGCCCGCCGCGGGGCUGCUGGGCAACCUGAGCGCCUUCGUCCUCCGCGACUGCAUGUGGAGCGGCUUUUCGGCCCGCGAGCGCCUGGAGAAAGCCAUGGGCGAAAAGCUGGCGGCCAAGCCCGCGCCGGCCCUGGCGCCGGCGCACGAUUUCGCCGGGUUGGGCGGCGAGUGCGUGGCUCCGGGCGCCGUCUUCGCUUGGCCCGGUGGGAGCGGGGCCGCGGCGGCCGCGGACACCAAGAUCCCGGUCUCGUCCGGCUCCGAGAGCCAGAGUGACUCCGAAGGAGAAGAAAUCGAUGUGGUGACCAUUGAAAAGAGGCAGGCUUUGGGGACAAGGAAGCCAGUCACCAUCACAGUGCGGGAUGACCCCCUGGAUCCCUGCACAAAGCACUUCCACAUCGCCAUCCAUCAACAGCAGCACAACUAUGCUGCCCGCUCCCCACCUGAGGCUCCUUCCAUUGAGGGGCCUCUGGAGAAGGGCAGCUCUGAUGCUGGGGACAAUGAGCCACAAUUGCCAGAGCAAGGGCUAGAGAGUUUCCCUCCUGCGGCUUCCCUCCCCAAGGCUGGGAGUGCUCCUGGCUCAGACAGUGAGGAUGUGACCAAGAGGAAAAACCACAACUACUUGGAGCGCAAGAGGCGGAAUGACCUUCGUUCGCGUUUCCUGGCACUGAGGGACCAGUUGCCCGGACUCGCAUCGCACCCCAAAACCCCCAAAGUGGUGGUCCUGAGCAAAGCCUCCGAGUACCUGCAGCUGCUUCUUAGCACUGAGCAGCAAAUGGUGGCUGAGAAGAAGCUGCUGAAACUGCACCAGCUUCAGCUACGGAAACAGAUUUCAUACCUGCAGGGCACACAGUAGCUGGCCAGGCUUCAUGGGUUUUCAGUCGCAUCAGCACUUUUUGGUUGGUUUUGGGUUGCAGGCUGCUAAUGGACUGUCAUUCCCAGCAUGCAUUGCCACUGCACAUCAUAAGGGUUUGUCCUUAUUCUGCUACUCCCAUCUGAUUUCUGUUCCUCCUUCCAGGAGAAUGAGGGGGGCUUCAGCUACCAAAAUGCGGCUUUUGCUGCACAAUGUUGGAUUAUGGUGAAGACCCACAGCUGUCCCCUUCUUGGUGGGCCCUGCUGGACCCAGACGGCUGUUUCUCCAGAGGGACCCUGGGACAUACCAGACAAGGCCCUCAUCGCAAUCAGUAGGGUGUUUUCAAGGGGGCCCUGAGCAGCAUUUCUCAGUGGAGGUCAGGGGUGCAUGGUGCAUUUGUCAUUUGUGGUACUCCUAAGGAGGGUGGAUCUUUCUGCAAUUUGUUGCUUUUUCAUAAUGAGAUUGUAGUCAAAUUCUUUGUCUUGUCCCCUUGCUCACAGUCUAAGACUUGGUUAGAAUUGUCUUUUUCUGUUUCUGCAACAAAUUGUGGAUGGGUCCUUUGCGCAAAGAGUUAUUUCACAGCUGGAGUUGGGGAGCUGAGAUCUCCCUGGAAAGGCAGCAAGGAGCACCCUGCAGGGGAGCUUCUGGUUUUAAGGAAAUCUAAUUCCAAUGGAGUACAACCUGCCCACAUCAAGGGUUUGGUGCAAAAGGCACUUCUGCUAUGGAUACCAUCUGUCUUUUCAGAGUUUUUCCAAUUCAGACGGGGGUUGGGGCUUUAAAAAAAUCACCCCACCUUACUCCAUCACUAGAACAGCACUGCAAUCACCUUGAAUUUGAUUUACCUCAUUCUUUUCCCAUUUAAUGACAAACCAGGACUUAUCUUGGUGUUUGUAUAACUUGGAACCUAAUGUAGUGACUGCCUCAUUCUUUGUACUGGACUGCUUUUUAAAGAUAUAUACUGUAUUUUUGUACUUUUUUUUUUUUUAAAAAAAUGUUUUUGUAAAAUGCUGGCUCUUUCCCCUUCCCUCUUUGUUUCUAUAUCUAAAUAUACUGCCUGCAGUCAGGGCGGUGGGCCACCUCCAUGGCUUGCAAGGGAGUGAUUCAGAUUGGCUCCCUUGGAAACAGGCUCCUUUCCAAAAACUGGGAUGACUGGAAAUUCUUCUCGCAGGGAAGAGGCUGGUUCCAGCUUGCAAGUGCCAACAGCAGAUGUCCCAGGGGCCUGUCUGGUGGAAAGCAGAGCUGACCCUGCACGUUCAAGGCGACUCCAAGAUGGGGUUUGUUUCCCAGGUAUAGCAGGAAAUGGCUGCUUUUGUACUGGUCUUAUAUGGGCUAUUAGCCCACCUGUGGGGCAGAUCUUCAGGGCAACAAAGCAGAUGGGGUGCAACUCAUGGCUUGUAGAAGCAUUGAGAACAUCUUGGUGAACAAGGAGGCUGGCGAGUCUCAUGAAAGGGCAGGGGGCAUGGCGGGGGAGAGAAAGCUGUGUCCUUGCUUUCCCUGAACUUUAACUUCAUGUGCUGCAUGAAACUCGCUGGGCUAGAUGGAUGCCUAAAGCAGGGAUCUCCAAACUUGGCAACUUUAUGACUUCUGAACUUCAGCUCCCAGAGUUCCUCAGCCAGCAUGAGGAAGUUGAAGUUCUGGGAGUUGAAGUUCAGAAGUCUUAAAGUUGUCAAGUUUGGCCUUAUCCUUUCAGAAACUGCCCUUCUGCACAAGGCCACUGCACUGGCUCCCUUUCUUCUUCAGUGAAAGAGCCACCCUAAGAUCCUUGCUGGCGGGAAAGACUGCCACGUUUAUCCACUGCAAUUAUUUGUGGUCUUCUAGGAUGGGAUGGCAGCCUUUGCUAACGGGAGGGGGCUGAGCAGCAUCUCCCUCUGCUUUUGCCAAGCUUUCCCAAAGCGUGGCUGCUCCCUCCUUCUGCAAACUCCCACCCACCCUCCCCCACCUCAGAAGGAGUGAGAGUGAUGAGCCUCCUUGCUGGCAUAGUGCAAAGUCCACCAUGCAGAUAUGGCUGGGACAUUCCUCAGCCAGCCCCAGCAAAGCUUCAAGGGGGUGUGUGUCAGCUUUAGCACUUUGUUACCUCACAUUUUUGAAAUAAAUUAAUGGCAA